AUUGACAGAGGGUCCUGGGGCAUAGGAUGGUGCUCCGCGACGCCAGGCGCCGGUAGACCGUGGAGAGGCCGAAUCCGGAGCCGGGAGGCGCGCGGGGGUGGGCGCUGCAGCCGCGGGUUGUUUAUCUGGAGUACGGAGGGGAGGGGGGAGCCUGGAAACCGCCCCGUGUCCCAUUUCCUCCUCUUGUUUUCGCUCCGGAUUCUCCAUGUUGGACCCAAACUGAGGAGCCCGGAGCUGCCGCCGGGGGAUCGGGGCCAGCGGCACCCGGGGAAGCUGCUGCCCGGGCCGCCCGCUCUCCGUACAGGCCGCCUCCCUUCGUGGGCCAGGGAGGGAACAAGAGCAGGGAUGUGAACAGCUGUGGGAGUCCGAGUCUCGCGAGCAGGAGCCGGAGCGGGCCCCCGCCCAGGCCCCCCAGCCCAGCCCAGCCUGCGCGCUCGCCGGUCCUCCCGCCCAGCCAGCCCGGGCCCGUGGGAUUGUUAGAUGGAACACGGCUCCAUCAUCACCCAGGCGCGGAGGGAAGACGCCCUGGUGCUUACCAAGCAAGGCCUGGUCUCCAAGACCUCUCUUAAAAAGCCUCGUGGACGUAACAUCUUCAAGGCCCUUUUCUGCUGUUUCCACACCCAGAAUGUUGGCCAGUCUAACCCCUCCACUGAGCUCUCCGCGUACAAGGAGGAAGCCAACACCAUUGCUAAGUCUGAUCUGCUCCAGUGUCUCCAGUACCAGUUUUAUCAGAUCCCGGGGACCUGCCUGCUCCCAGAGGUGACAGAAGAAGAUCAAGGAAGGAUCUGCGUGGUCAUUGACCUGGAUGAAACCCUUGUGCAUAGUUCUUUUAAGCCAAUCAACAAUGCCGACUUCAUAGUGCCUGUAGAGAUCGAGGGGACCACUCACCAGGUAUAUGUGCUCAAGAGGCCUUACGUGGAUGAGUUCCUGAGACGGAUGGGGGAACUCUUUGAAUGCGUUCUCUUCACUGCCAGCUUGGCCAAGUAUGCCGACCCCGUGACGGACCUGCUGGACAGGUGUGGGGUGUUCCGGGCUCGCCUGUUCCGUGAGUCCUGCGUGUUCCACCAGGGCUGCUACGUCAAGGACCUCAGCCGCCUGGGGAGGGACCUGAGAAAAACCCUCAUCCUGGACAACUCGCCUGCUUCUUACAUCUUCCACCCGGAGAAUGCAGUGCCUGUGCAGUCUUGGUUUGAUGACAUGGCAGACACCGAGUUGCUGAACCUGAUCCCAAUCUUCGAGGAGCUGAGCGGAGCGGAGGACGUCUACACCAGCCUCGGACAGCUGCGGGCCCCUUAGCGUUCCCAGCUUCCAAGCAACGGUCAUCCCAGUAGAGGACUUGCCUACACUGUGCCUUUAUGAUCAGCCUGACAGAUGGAGCGGAAGCCGGAGCAUCUCACCAAAGGGGGCCUGGAAGUAGAAAUGAUGGGAAAGAACUUUAGGACAGGUUAGAUGCCAAGUGGGCCAAUGUCAGACCAGUGAUACCCCAGCUGCCUACUCCCCGAGUUGGGUUUCCCAGGUCUGUUAGAGAGUAUUGCCUUGAACCGUAUUCAAGGAUGCAAGUGUUUCAGGUGGGAGGGGAAAGCUGAAAGACCAAGACUCGCUCCAAGUGAGUUCGUCUCCUCUCCAGUCACCUGAGAGCCACUGCGCUCUAUAGGGAUGAAGACUCUUCCAGGCUCCAUCGCCAAACCCAUGGCCUGCCCUCAGUGUUGUAAGGCUUGUGCCAAGGAGAAAGGGAGGGUCAGAGGCUCCUUCUGGGUGCCCCAGGCACACUCCCUUCUUAAAUCUUUCUCCAGCCAGCUGCUGCAGACAGACGGCAAUUUUGGAAGAGGAAAGCUUGUUUCCAGAACCAGUAACCCCAGUGGCCAUCGAGUCCUGCCGCCCACGGGCUGCACUUGCCCCCAGCCGAGUGUCUGGCCUGGGCCUUCCUUUGUCUCCCCAAGGCGUGGGUGCUGGGCCUGCCUUCUUCACUACCUAGCCAUAAUUCUCCGACCCGUGGGGGAGGAGGUCUCCCUGCCGUGGAAGAGGGCAGAUAACUGAGUUCCGUUCUUUUGACUCUGUUUUAAAAUUCCCUUCCUAAACAUGGAGUGUUGGGCCUGUUUUGUUUCUGACGAAGCUGCAGUCCUGGGCUUGAGGUGAAUGUGUGCGGUGCUGGGGGUGUGGGGAAGAGGGAGAUCCCCGAAGCCAUGAAUGUGUGUGUCCCCUUAGCUUGUAUGUGAAUCAGCUGAGCUUGGGACUGUCCGUGAGUCCACUCUUCAGGGAUUCUCUGCUGGUGCUGGUGCUGGUGCUGUUGUAAGGACUUUGUUCCAAAGUCCGGGAAGGGCGCUCCCUCUCUGCCCCUCCUAUUUCUUGGGCAGAGCUCUUCCCUAUCGUGUCUUCCCCCGGGGCCUGGCCUGUGCACAGCUCUCUGCUCCAUCUCCAUCCUUUCCGGCUGUCACUCUUUCUCUCCAGGGCCUCAGAGGCACUCCGGCUUUUCUGGGGAAGCGGGUGUCCUUAGCAGCACUUGGCAGGCUGCGCACAGGCCUCCUGCCUCUGGUAACAAGUGUGAUGAGCCCUUUACACUCCUGCUCUUUGCGUGUCUCUUGCUUUCAAAGUUUCUUAAUAAUGAAUGCUUUAAAAAGGGGUCACAGAAUGGAAGUUUCCCCAGGACAGAAAACAGAAGGGGAAGUGCUGCUGCGAUUCGGAGUACACGGGGCCCCCAAAAGGUGGCCCCACUUCAGCGUCACUGCCUUAAUUGUGGCCUCUCCCAGGGCCGGGUGGAGUUCUCCCCUCCCUCCCUCCCUCCCUCCCUCCCUCCCUCCAGGGCAGGAGGGAGUUCCAGUCCCCAUCUCCAUUUUCCCUGGAGGCAGGUGUUGCAAAGCAUUUGUAUGUUGUUUCAGGUGUUGAGGACACCUCCCUCUCGGCCCUCGUAUCCAUUGUCUUUUCUAGUUUGCACAUACUAGGUCCAGCCUGAGGAAGUAACCUGUUUGGAGAGCCAGGUGGGGGAGGCAGCUUGGUGUUCUGAUUUGGUAGCCGGAUGACUAGCGUUUUUCUCUGAUGUUACGGUACCAUCUAUCUGCUUUGUCCAAGGUUGUAAGGCUUUUCUGUUUCCCUUUGGUGUCACAGAAAUGGAACAGAGUCCCCAAAGCCCAUGUGGUCAUCCCCCCUCCUCAUUCCCUGGUUCCCACGGGUGGUCCUACAGGUGGGGGAGGGCCCUGGUGCUAGCUCAGAAGGACGGCUCCUGCAGGAAAUGGAGGCUUCUCCCUCAGGACCCACCCUUAAGGUUCAUUUAGCUCUCGGGUCAAAUCCGCCAUCUGGACCCAGCCAGGCUUUCCUGACUAAGCAAUAAGAGGCUCUAAGCUGGUCCAGCUCCAGGACCCUUUCUGCCCUCCUUUGGGUCUCCGUGUGCCUCCCGGUGAAGGAAGAACCUGUGCCAGCCCCUUUCCUGUCAGGCUUGUCCAUGUGUGGCCUGUGACCAGAGCCCAGGGUACCCUGGGUGGAGUGUCCCUGCAUCUUCUGCAUGAAGCCCCUGCUCUACAGGCCUUGCUCCCCUCAGAACUCUGCCUGCCCACCUGCAGUUCCCCAGAUACACCAGUUCCACUUCCCCAGAGAAGCAACAAGGCCAAAUGCCCUACACUGGGUCCACUCGGGGGGGCCAGAGCCGGCCUCCUUUGCUUUCUGAUUCCAGUCUCACUGCACGUCAGGGGCGAGUGAAGAUCCUCCUGGGAGGGCUCAGGCGAGACUCAGUUGUGGAAGAGGGGACGAUGGGGAGGGAGCCAGUCACCUCAGGAUUUGGGGGGCAGUGGGCCACCAUGCCUGGUCAGCACCAAUUCAAGCCAUGCCAGGAACCUGCCCACCCGCCAGGUUCAGUUCCUUAAUGUGCCUCUUCAGGGACACGGUGUGUCUCUCUGAUUGGGCUUCUAAAUCAAAAGCCUGAUGUUCCUGUCCCUCUCAUAGGGGGAGCUUUGGACACAGGACCAGUUUGGAAAGGGUCAGAUAAAGAGUUUUCACUCUGCACAUUGUAGAGGGGACACUCUGUAGGCCUAUGGUUCCCCAACCAUACAGAGGUUGAAUUAAUUUGCCUUCAGUUAACCUGGGACCUUCUCCUUAGUUCCCUCCUGCCUCCCAAAGAUUUUGACCAUUUUGUAAGUGUACAAACUGACCUCUGUUAACAGUGGCCCAAAAGCUCCUUUGUGCUUAAAAAGCAUGGGAAACCUAACGACAUCCAGUCCCUGGGACAUGGGUGCCAUUCUGUUCUGCUGCCCCUGCCGUGUGCCUGAGGUCUCAUUCAGUAGGGCGGCCCCCCUCGGAGGCUGCCCUGUGUCCCAGCCCGGUGAGCGUUGAGGAAGGUGAGCCUGUUUUCCCCUUCACGUCUGCAGUUGGUUCCUUCACCACUGUUGUACGUCAGUCACUUUGUAAAAUGGGGUUUUAGUUCCCCCCCUUUUUUAACAGCAAAUGUUUCUAUUCAAGCAGGGGAGGGAAGGCAGAGGUCUGGCUUGCUGCCCCAUUCCUUUCACGUGGGGCCUGCUCCUGAAGCAGACCCUCUCCCGACCCCGUGAGCUGCUCUGCUUGCAGUUACCCCAGUGUGACACCUUCCGUGUCAGUGACUGGCCCUUUCGAGAAGCCAUUUGGAGGGUGGGGGUCUGCUUCCCACUGUGACUGGGCUGUGGGAUUCUGACUACCUUGCUUACAGAUUCAUGGUUUGAUAAAUUUGUUAUAUUCAUAAACUUGAAAUGUGGGACGCCA